GGAUCAGGAACAGCCUGGACAACUGCAGGAGAGUGCCCAACCCUGACCAGAGGGACGGCGACGGCGACGGCGUGGGGGACGCCUGUGACAGCUGCCCCACCCUCAGCAACCCCGACCAGAAAGACACUGACCACGAUCUGGUGGGAGAUGUCUGUGACACCAACCAGGACAGUGACGGCGACGGGCACCAGGACUCGCGGGACAACUGCCCCACGGUGCCCAACAGCUCCCAGGUGGACACGGACGGGGACGGGCUGGGGGACGAGUGUGACGAGGAUGAUGAUGACGAUGGCAUCCCCGACUUCAGACCCCCCGGCCCCGACAACUGCAGGCUGGUGCCCAACCCCGGCCAGGAGGACUCGGAUGGGGACGGCGUGGGGAACCUGUGCGAGGAUGACUUCGACAGGGACAUGGUGAUCGACAGGAUCGACGUGUGCCCCGAGAACGCCGAGGUGACGCUCACCGACUUCAGGGCCUUCCAGACCGUGGUGCUGGACCCCGAGGGGGACGCUCAGAUCGACCCCAACUGGAUCGUCCUCAACCAGGGCAUGGAGAUUGUGCAGACCAUGAACAGCGACCCGGGCCUGGCUGUAGGGUACACAGCCUUCAACGGGGUGGACUUCGAGGGCACCUUCCACGUCAACACGGCCACGGACGACGACUACGCCGGGUUCAUCUUUGGCUACCAGGACAGCUCCAGCUUCUACGUGGUGAUGUGGAAGCAGAUGGAGCAGACCUACUGGCAGGCCAACCCCUUCCGGGCAGUGGCAGAGCCUGGCAUUCAGCUGAAGGCAGUGAAAUCCAAAACGGGCCCUGGGGAGUACCUGCGGAACUCCCUGUGGCACACGGGAGACACCACGGACCAGGUGAAGCUGCUCUGGAAGGACCCCAGGAACUCGGGCUGGAAGGACAAGACCUCGUACCGCUGGUUCCUGCAGCACCGGCCCCAGGUCGGCUACAUCAG